UUUUUGUGUUCUUUUUUAUAGCAGUAUCUAAUCAUGUCUUCUAAAAGCAAGUUUCGCUCAGACUAUAUUUGUCGAGUACGAUAUCGCAACACCUUGCCACCUGUUCCCUAUGCACCCAAAAUGCUUACGAUUCCUUCACUUGUCGAACGCCAUGUUCCUUACCAAUCUACCAGUUUAGUAGAGCAAACACCUUAUUCACUGAUCAUGGAUCAAAGUGCCUCUAUUCCUUUUGAUAAGGCGCUUGUUGAUUAUUUAGAUGCUAUGGAAAGUCAUCCUGAAGAAGUAUCUGAGCCCAUGGAAGGUGUUGCAGAAGAGGACAAAAUAUUAAUGUCAGAACCUACAGACGGACAAGGUGCAAGUGGUCUUUACACUCGUAAACCCAAUGUGACAUGGCUGCGUCGAUCUGAAUACAUUGCACAAGAAACGCGUGGCAUUUCCAACCGUAAAGAAGGUGUUGAGAAUAAAUUCGCCAUGUCUGCUGCUGCUGCUAAGAAACGCAACUACAGCACACGAGAAGAACAAAUAGCAGGUGUAGAAAACACAUUCAAGCCAUUACCUGAGGAUUUACGACACCCACAGACCAAAUCCAGAGCGAAAAAGAUCAUUCCUUUAUUACCAGAUACAGAAUGUUGGGAGAAUAUCUAUACCAUUGGUCAAUUCAGUACAGAACCAGCAGAUGAAGCAAGAAUGGCUAAGCGAAGAGCUGUUGAAUCGAGCCCUGGAUUUAAUCCCUCUAAACGCCCUCGGUUCUCAGAGACAGAUGCUACUGAUCGUGGCAUUUUGAGACCUAUGGUCAACCCUCAUGACCCUGAUGAUACUUACCUUGUCUGGUUCUUGCCUGAUGCUGAGAGUACAAAGCGACUUGUGAAGCAGAAAGAAGAUCCCUUAGAAGGUCUUUCAGAAGAUGUAUUGCAAUACCAUGCUGUACGUGACUAUGAGUACAAAAAUGAUGCGUCCAAUAGUAAGCAUUUGCUGCUUUCUGUUCAUAUCGAUGAUCAUGGUGAAAGAGUGGUGUAUUGUCCUAUUCGAAGUAAAAUGGUUGUUCGCAAAAAGAGAGCACAGGUAAUGUUGUAUUCUAUUGACCAAUUAGACUCAUGCUUUUUACAGAGUGCUCAAUUCAGUUAUUUGGAUGACUAUGAAAAACCCAAUGUAUUGACAGUUACUUACACAAAAGGGUAAAAGUGUCUCCGGAAAUAGAAAAUAAUAAUGUAAUCAAAAUACAAUGUGGGGAAAAUAUAUAUAAAAAAAAAAAAAUAAAGUCUAUAUAUAUAUAC